AUGCGUUUCCUGUGCCGAAAUUUUCGUUCUUUACACAGGUGGGACCCUUUCAGUAUGGUGCGUUUCCUGGGGGCAGUUGUUGCCCUGGCUGGGUUGGCUGCGGGUGAAUCUCUCAAGAAGUUGAAUACUGGGUUGACUAUCUUGACGAACAAUGAUCUCCAGGGACCUGAAAGCCGCUUUGCGGACUCGACUGUGAUCGUGACCGAGUCUCGUGUGGCUAACAAUGAAUUUGAAAAGAUCUGCUCUGGACUAGGAGAGCAACCAUGGUCGGAAGGCAGGAAGAAGGGCGAGAAAGGCUUGCUUCAACCAUUGUUUGACUAUCUUCGCUAUGAGAAGCGGGCGAGCUCAUCGUCUAGGUUCUGGAUCUCAGGCCGCAAAACCAUCGACGUUGACAGUGAUAUCAGCUCGGCUAAGAGCCGUGAUGAACUCGCUGGUCUUUGUACCAACAAAGCACCCUUCUCGAAUGAGACAUUCCAGGAUACGAGCUCGAAAUGGCAGGUCUCGGUAGAUGUCAACAACCAGACUUUGACAGGCUUUCGAGACCGUCUUUCUUUCCGCUUCCUCGGAGUCCGCUAUGCGCCGCAGCCGCAAAGAUUCACAUACCCGACUCUGUUCCAGGGCUCAGGAGAGGCUGCCUCUGCUUUGGAGUAUGGCUCCCAAUGUGCCCAGGGAGGCAACACCGGUACCGAAGACUGUUUAUUCCUCAACAUCUGGACACCCCACCUCCCCAAUCCCAACUCCGCUCCUUCCAAGAAGCAGCUCCGCCCUGUCGCCUUUUGGAUCCACGGUGGUGCCUUCACAGGCGGUACAGCCAACGACCCGACCUUUGACGGGGGUAACAUGGCCUCCAGAGGUGACAUCAUCGUCGUAGCUAUCAAUUACCGCCUUCACACCCUCGGCUUCCUAGCCCUGAACGACGGCAAAACCAACGGCAACUACGGCCUCGCCGACCAAAUCACAGCCCUGGACUGGGUCCGGAAAAACAUCCAAUCCCUCGGCGGCGAUCCAGACCGCAUCACCAUCUUUGGCCAAUCCGCUGGCGCCGCCUCGGUCAGAGCCCUGAUCGCCUCCCCCAAAGCCCUCGACAAAUUCUCGGGCGCCAUCCUCCUCAGCAACCUCGGCGGUCUAAACUACGGAACAACCUACUCGAAAUACUACACCAUCCCCGAGCAAGUCUCGGUGGUAGCCAACACCAUCCUCAACGCAACAAACUGCACCAACGCCCCCUCUCAGGUCGACUGCCUCCGCGCCGUCCCAGCAUCGACACUGACCUCCCUCACGUCAGCGAGAUAUUUAGUGGUAGACGGGACAUACCUCACCACAUCAGAACUGUCGCUUUCUCUUCCUUCUCCCAAACGCCGCCGCCCGUUAAAUAUAUUAAUGGGCAUCACCCACGACGACGGCGCUCCGUUUAUCAGUUUCCCCUCGUCUACCACCACCGAUGCUACUGAGUACCUCCUCUCCCAAGGCUUCUCCCCCUCCCAGCUGCCCCCCGUAGCCCACCCAAACACAGGCAACGCAACACUCGACCUGUUCAACCUGACCACCCGCCUGGCCACAAACGCAAUAUUCCGCUGCGUAGACCAAGCCACCGCCUUUGCCGCCGUCCAAAACAACCUCUUCUCCUCUUUAUAUUAUUACGAAUUCGACCGGACAUAUCAAAUGCCCGGCUGGCCCAAGCUAGACGUGUGCGAGCCGCCGCGGACAGAAGGGAAACCAUUGGGUGAUACAAGGAAACCUUAUCUGAGGUGUCACUCGGGGGAGUUGUACUACGUGUUUGGGACGUUGAGGAGGCAGGGGAUGAGAGAGAGAGAUGGUGAUGGAGGGGAUAGGGCGUUUGAGCAAUUUGUCUUGGACAGUUUUGCGCAGUUUGUGAAGGAAGGAAAUCCGAAUUUGGAGAGGGGGUGGUUGAGGGCUAGGGGGGAAGGGUGGAAGGGUAGUUUGGGGCAGAGGGAGAGGGCGGGGGUGUGGGAGGCUGUGAGUAAGGGGAGGAGAAGGGGGGUGCUGAGGGGGUUGGAUUGGCCUGUGUCGAGGGAUGGGCUGUUUAGGGAGGUGGAGUAUUGUGAGAGGUUGGGGUUGGGGCUGGGGUAUUAUUUGUGA